UCUCAGUCAGCGCUGCUUUGACAGUUAGCAUGAUGCUAGGGCCGAGCUGCAGUCCGAAACGCUCAGGCUAACAUGUGUGUAAAAUAAAAAGCCCAGCUUUAAAAUACGGAAAGGCAUUAAUCUAAAUUUCUGGCUUUUUGAAGAUGUUUUCAUCUGUCUGGAAUUUUAUCAAACGGCACAAGAAGAAAAUAAUUUUCACGGGCGCUUUGGUCGGAGGAGUUUACUUUCUGGGUAAAUAUGCUCAGAAGAAGAUCAGGGAGAUCCAGGAGAAGGAGGCGACCGAGUACAUUGCCCAGGCCAGAAGGCAGUUCCACUUCGAGAGCAACCAGAGAACCUGUAACAUGACUGUGCUGUCCAUGCUUCCUCCGCUCAGAGAGGCCAUCAUCACUCAGCUCAACUCUGAGAGUCUGACCACGCUGCUGAAAACAAAACCAGCCAACAAGCUGGAGAUCUGGGAAGACUUAAAAAUCAUCAGCUUCACCCGGACCAUCGUGGCCGUCUACAGCACCUGCAUGCUGGUUGUUCUUCUCAGAGUGCAGCUCAACAUCAUCGGGGGAUACCUGUACCUGGAUAACUCUUUGGCAAAGAGCGUUACGGCUCCUCUGACUCCUCCAGACGUCCAGCAGCAGUACCUGUCCAGCAUCCAGCAUCUCCUGGGAGACGGUCUGACGGCGCUGAUAACCCGGGUGAAGGCGGCGGUGCGGAGCUCCCUGGGGGGGCUGUCUCUGAAGCAGAGUCUGUCCCUGCUGGAGCUGGAGCAGCAGCUGAGCUGGAUCCGAGCCGAGGUGGAGGUGGACUCGGGCCGCCCGCUGUCCUCCUACAUGCUGGCGGACGCCGACAACGCCCUCGCCGACCAGGCGUGCGGCUUGACGGAAAACGACGUGGUGACCAUCAGGCUGCUGAACGAGACCCGAGACAUGCUGGACAGUCCAGAUUUCAGUAAAGUUCUCAGCACCUGUCUGAACCGCGGCUUCUCUCGUCUCCUGGACAACCUGGCCGAGUUCUUCCGCCUACCUGUCGGUGACUCCGCCCCCAACUCUGCACCCGACAGCCUGUCUGCGGUCAGCCUGCCGCUCGCUAAGAUCAUCCCCAUCGUUAACGGCCAGAUUAACAGCGUCUGCAGCGACACGCCCAGCCACUUCGUCCAGGAUCUGCUGCUCAACGAUCAGGUGAAGGAGUUCGCUGCCAACGUGUACGAGACGUUCAGCACGCCGCAGGAGCUGCAGAAAUGAUUUCUGAGGAAGAGGAGGAGGAGGAGGAGGAAGAGGAAGAGGAAGAGGAGGUCCCAGACUGUUGCUCCGUCCUUCAUCUCUGAUGCAGCCACAGCGUCUGACACAAAGCCAGGAGCAUUUCCGUCCUCUCAGCUGGAAGAAAUGUCCCACUGAGUCUGACUGGACCGGUGCAUUCUGGGAGGUGGAGUCCUUUACAUCCCAAUGACUAGUUUCUAGGAACCGAGGAGAAGCAGGAGCCCGCUCUCUGAUUGGACGGUUCCUCCUUUAGCUCCCAGCUCGGCGAUGAUUCUCAUUUGAUUGUUUCUGACCUAAAACUGCAGCGAUGGAACUCUGGGAGGUUUUAAGGCAGGUUUGGGCUAUUUUUGAGCUUUAGUUACAGUCAGGUGCAGUUUUAGACCUUUUGAAGACAAUGAAGAUUAAAACUAAUGUAAAAUAAAGAUCUAAAUCAAAUAUAA